GAGCAGCUGACGGAGAGAGGGGAGGGGGGGGGUUGGUGGGCGGAGCUCGGAAAUCAUCACAUCACUGACGUCACGCGGCUGCUGUUUGACGCCUGCGCGGCUUCGAGUCACCGCCGGUGUGUCGGUCAGCCGGUGCCCAGAGAGACCGAAACGUUGGCAGAGCGGACACGGAGCGGAGAAUCUGCAAGAUGAGUUACACAAAGCCCCCCUGUGCCUGCGCAUAGCCCAUGACAAUCUGCAUUCUUCUGUUGGGUUUUAGGUUUGUAAAGAACCAGAAGUCGUAGCCACCAUGGUGCAAAAAUACCAGUCACCCGUCCGGGUGUACAAGCAGAGCUUUGAGUUGAUUAUGGCUGCAUAUGAGCGUCGGUUCCCAACGUGUCACCUGAUCCCCAUGUUUGUUGGCAGUGACGUAAUGAGCGAGUUUAAGAGCGAGGAUGGAUCCGUGCAUGUGAUGGAAAGACGCUGCAAGCUGGACGUGGAUGCUCCGCGGCUGCUAAAGAAGAUUGCAGGGGUAGACUAUGUGUACUUCAUCCAGAAGAACGCUCUGAACAGACAGGAACGCACUCUGCACAUCGAAGCCCACAAUGAGACUUUUGCUAGCCGCAUAGUAGUUCACGAGUAUUGCUCCUACACUGUACACCCUGACAAUGAGGAGUGGACUUGCUUUGAGCAAUCUGCUAGCCUGGACAUCAAGUCGUUCUUUGGUUUUGAGAGCACAGUGGAAAAAAUUGCCAUGAAACAGUACACAAGCAAUAUCAAAAAGGGUAAAGAGAUUAUAGAGUAUUACUUGAAACAAAUGGAGCAGGAAGGGAUCAACUACCUGCCUCGCUGGACUCCUUGUACCAUACAGAAACAAGAAAGCAAAACAUCUACCUCAAGCCGGUCUGUGUCUCUGCCCCAGGCCAUACCGACCACCGCCAAUGACGGGCAUGCUUGUAGGGAGGCACGCUGUCCAACAUCCAGUCCCUCUGAGCCACUUAGCAGCACACCAGAUGACAAACUGGAUGCAGAUUAUAUCAAGCGUUAUUUGGGAGACCUCACACCUCUACAAGAGAGUUGCUUAAUCAGGCUUCGACAGUGGCUACAGGAAACCCACAAGGGCAAAAUUCCCAAAGAUGAGCACAUUCUUCGUUUCUUGCGAGCGCGGGACUUCAAUAUUGAUAAAGCCAGAGAACUCCUAUGCCAGUCACUCACAUGGCGUAAGCAGCAUCAAGUAGACUACCUACUGAGUACAUGGGAUCCACCACAGGUACUACACAACUUUUACGCUGGAGGUUGGCAUCAUCAUGACAAAGAUGGUCGGCCACUGUACGUGCUCAGGCUUGGACAAAUGGAUACAAAAGGUUUGGUCAGAGCUCUUGGCGAGGAAUCACUUCUCAGACAUGUGCUAUCAAUCAAUGAGGAGGGACUGAGACGCUGUGAAGAGAACACCAAUGUUUUUGGCCGCCCCAUCAAUUCCUGGACCUGUCUGGUAGACUUGGAAGGUUUGAACAUGAGGCACUUGUGGAGGCCAGGAGUCAAAGCUUUGCUGCGUAUCAUUGAAGUGGUGGAAGCCAAUUAUCCAGAGACAUUGGGACGGCUACUGAUUUUGCGGGCCCCAAGAGUCUUCCCAGUGUUGUGGACAUUGGUCAGUCCAUUUAUAGAUGAGAAUACCAGGAAGAAAUUUCUGAUCUAUGCCGGCAAUGAUUACCAAGGUCCCGGAGGACUGCUAGAUUACAUUGACAAGGAGGUUAUCCCUGACUUCCUUGGUGGGGAGUGCAUGUGUGAGGUUCCGGAGGGUGGGCUGGUUCCCAAGGCUCUCUACAGGACCCCUGAAGAGCUGGAGAGUGAGGACAUCAAACUGUGGACUGAGACCAUAUAUCAGUCAGCCAGUGUUUUUAAAGGCUCCCCGCACGAGAUAAUGAUUCAGAUUGUGGACGCAUCCUCUGUUAUCACCUGGGACUUUGAUGUGUGCAAAGGAGACAUUGUAUUCAACAUCUACCACUCCAAGAGGGCUCCCCAGGUGCCCAAAAAAGACACUCUUGGAGCUCAUGGCAUAACUUCUCCUGUGGGAAACAAUGUACAGUUAAUUGAUAAGGCUUGGCAGCUGGGACGAGACUACAGCAUGGUGGAGUCCCCACUGACUUGUAAAGAGGGGGAAAGUGUGCAGGGCUCUCACGUGACCCGCUGGCCGGGUUUUUACAUUUUGCAGUGGAAGUUUCACAGUAUGCCAGCCUGUGCCACCAGUAGUCUCCCGCGUGUGGAUGACGUUCUCGCUACCUUGCAAGUGUCCUCACACAAGUGCAAGGUCAUGUAUUACACAGAAAUCAUUGGCUCUGAAGAUUUCAGGGGUUCUAUGACGAGUCUGGAAUCAAGCCACAGUGGCUUCUCACAGCUCAGCGCCGCUACAACAUCCUCCACCCAGUCUCAUUCAAGUUCCAUGAUGUCAAGAGAGCCCUUCCCUCUGUCAGAGUCUGCACUCCCCUCUCUCACUCACCCCCACGACCUGAAGUCCAACCCGGAUGGGCUCCUGCGUCUCUCCCCGUCCUUCUGGGGCCAGCACUUUUCCACUAUCUACUCCCUCAGACCCCCAGUCUUCCUACGUUGGCCGCUCUCAUGGCGUCUCCCUUUUGUCCGGGAACCGGGGGGAACAGCUGCCAUCGAGACAGAUUCUUCCAGUGCUUCCUGAGGGCAUGCGUGAAUGUUAGGGUGUUGAGUUGGUCUCUGGCUAAAUACUGAAAGACAACUGCCAUUCUGGCCCAGAACGAAUUUCUUGAUCAAGUACAGAUUGAGAAAACAUCUGCUUGGAAUCUACUUUGCGGGUUUGCCUCUGUGGUGGAAUUGGCAUAUCCUGCUCACACAAUCGCUUUGUCACAACCACCCAACACCCGGAGAACUGUUAUUCGUUCACAAUAGUAAUUGACAGUUUGUAACCACUUGUUGGAGAGAUUCAGAGCAGCUGCAUCCUUAUUCCUGCUUCUAAUUCCAGUCACAACUCUGAGAGGAAUCAUUUCUUUGAUCUGAAUACAUUGCCAUUUUGUACUUUGAUAAGGACAAUCAAAUUAUUUUGCCACCAGCCAUAGGCAUUCACCCAAAUGCUCCCCCGUGUUGCCACAGCUACCUUAGUUGGGCUGCUUCUUUAGCUGUGAAUUCCUUGCUGUUGUCACUCUCUAAAACCUAAAAAUAACUUUGUUAGAAUUAUGCGCUGGGCAUUCAAAGAGACAAAGUGAUUGGAACUAUUUUAAAAAAAAAUUUCUGAACUUUCAUAUUUAGGAGGCCAAUAAUAUCCUUUUUUUUUCUUAAGGAAAGACUAAAUCUUACCUGUUGGGAAUGCUCCGAUUAGGGCAUCACACUAUUGUCAUGUUUUUGGCUAUGAAAGUCGAAGAUCAAGAUAAAUUUAAAACCAAUUGGACAAUGAGAAUUCCCUGUUUUUUUUUUCUUUUCACAUUUGAGGUGGUUUUGGUCUUCUACAUCACUGUGAUAAGGGAAACUAGUAUAUCUCCUUGUCACUUACAAUAUGUCUACGGGCUUGUCUUCUGCAGAUGGCUUUGUUCCUGUCGAUUUCCAAACGAUGACCAUAUUUGACAACGUGUUUGUUUUAAGGGACAUUUUGAUCUAAAUGUGUGACUAGUCCUAAAAGUUUUAAAACUUAAAGGAUGUGUAAAAAAACAAAGGAAAAAUAAAAAAACUGUAUAACUACCACAGAUCUAAAAAAAAAAAAGUCCAUAGCGGGGAAAAAUAAUUUGCAUCACACAAACUGUUCCUCUGUGUAGAUCAAUAUAGUUGGUUAUCUUUACAACAAGCUAUUCUCUCCGUACGAAGGUUUUCCACUGUGAUGUCUGAGCUGGGUAAGAGUCGUAGACCUUAUAUUACCUUAAAAUGGGUGUGACUUCAUGCUACCUAAAUUUUAUAUAUCUAUAUAUACACACACACACACAUUAGUUUAAGAUAAGACACUUAAGUACUUUGUAUGUACACUGAGCUAGUCAAAUUGGUAGCCAAGGCAUAGAUGUACGUUUUAUACUUCUGUAAAUAUUUUAAUAUAUAGAGCAGGCAUUAGCAACCUUCGGCACUCCAGAUGUUUUGGACUACACCUCCCAUGAUGCUUUACCAGCAUUAUGGGGGGAUGUAGUCCACAACAUCUGGAGUGCCAAAGGUUGCCUAUCCCUGAUGCAGAGGUACAUGCACACCAUCCCAAAAAAAAAAAGCAUGUGAUCCACGCAUUGCAGAUUGGGGUUGUGACUGAUUGCGUGUCCUGCAUUUUGCCAAGGAUGGGCCUAAUAGUAUGCCAGCAAAUUUAUAGAUCUAGAGUUAAGAGAGUAAAUGCAAGCUUAAGACCUGCCAUCUGCGAACAGCCUGCCCCCCCCCCCCCUCCCCCCCAUAUUAAUUGUUUUAUACAGACAUAUGCAAUUUUAUGUUCAUUGUGUGCUGUAUUCUAGAGGUCCAUAAAUCCUGGCUAACCACCAGCACUUCUGGUUUCACUGAUUUCCCCAUUUGGGAAUAAUUAAGUAAUUUCUCAAUCUUGGACUUUUCACGGUUCUUCAGGUCUAUUUUAAUUGCCACGUCUAAACAAGCUUUUUAUUUUGUUCCAGCAA